AUGCGCCAGUCAAUCCGCAAGAUGCAACUCGAUCUCUCUCAACUUCGGCGCAACGUGUCACCUCAAGCCGACUCAGGUGGGCCCCGCGCUACGUCGCACAGCACGGUUAACAACACCGUCAUCUUCAACACGAUACAACUAAAACCGCAACCUGAGAGGGCGUGAUCACUUUCAGCAGCGUGCUGGCCUUGCGUCGAUGCAUCGUUCGAGCGUACUCGGUCGCACACGUGCUCGGUCAGCGCAUCACCCCGAUCACCCCGGUCGCCCUCUCGCUGCUCGACGGAUGAGUGUGGUGAGCUCUUCAUUCAGGUAGUACCAAGCUCUCACUUCAUUCGCUCCCCUCAUGUCCGUCUUUGCUACUUAUCACUCUAGUUCAACUCGCGCGUUGGCCGACUCGCUGGCAUCCAAGCUUCGCACCGAACCGUGUGACUUGUAGGACCAUACUCUGCGCAUCCCUCAUCAGCACCAUCGAAAAGACGCUCAACUUUGCUGAGGUCUCGAAUUGA